AUGUCGUCUGCAGCUGCAUUCAAUUUUCAUGCAAUGACAGAAAAACUAGGAAUAUGCAAAGCACUGCUAGUUUCAGGUCUUCUUCUUUGGGUGAUCUUUGUGCUCUUUUUCAAGGAUCCAAGAUGCUCAAAUUCUAAAUCCUUUCCUCUAUUGAGAACAGAAACAGCUUCUUCUUCAAACUCAACAUCUACUGAUACUCCUAGUCCUACUACUCUCAAACAUAUUGCCUUUGGACUUCAAGGUUCUGAGAAAACUUACCACUUUAGAAGGGCUUAUAUCGAGGCCUGGUGGAGACCCAAAAAAACAAAGGGUUAUGUCUAUCUUGAUAGGCCUCCCACAGGGAAUCUCCUCCCAUGGUCGCGGAAAUCUCCUCCUUAUAGAAUCAACGAUGAUCUCAGCAAAUUGUUCCAGGUAGUCAGACCGAAGGAUCCUGUUAUGCCUCGAAUGGUACAUGGGAUUUUGGAGUUAUUUCGUGAAGAGCACGAGGGGGUCAGAUGGAUAGUCAUGGGAGAUGAUGAUACUAUUUUUUUCGUCGAUAAUUUAGUGGAUGUUCUCUCAAAAUAUGAUCACACAAAGUACUUCUACAUAGGGUAUCCAUCUGAAUUUGUUUUGUCAAAUUACUGGUAUAGUUUUAACCAGGCAUUUGGUGGAAGUGGGAUCAUUCUCAGUUAUCCUCUAGCAAAAGCAUUAGUGCAAGAUAUGGAUCGUUGCCUUAAAACAUAUGCAAGUCUUUCAGCUGAUCUAAUGACCAUGAGAUGUCUAGCUGACAUCGGAGCUGAUCUUACUCCCCAGAAAGGUUUCCACCAGAUAGAUUUACGAGGCGAUUUAUCAGGUUUCUUGUCAUCUCAUCCUAAAGAUUUAGUAUUGUCCCUUCACCACAUUGACGCAGUAGAUCCAUAUUUCCCCUCAAUGGAUCGUGCUAAAUCCACAAACCAUCUAAUGAAAGCCGCAAAUGUUGAUCAAUCGCGCUUAUUUCAACAAACCAUUUGCCACCACAGGCAAAACAACUGGUCUUUUUCCAUAUCUUGGGGCUACUCCACUCAUAUCUAUGAGAAAAUAAUGGCUCGAAGUUGGCUAAGAAUGCCCAUUGAAACAUUCAAGACAUGGCAAAAAAGUCCAAAUCCGCCACGUUACAUGUUCAAUGUUAGAAGACCAUUUGGUGAUCCUUGUGAGGCUCCUCACGUUUUCUUCUUCCAAUCUGUAAAGAAAAUCUCCAGAAAUGAAAUUCUCACAGUCUAUUCAAGAUCAGCAUCUCGGAAUUUGCCUGCUUGUGCUUCAAGUGGCAAUCAUUCUGCUGAGCAUGUAUCCAAGAUACACGUGUUCUCACCGGCAACCAAGCGUACUGAGAUCCAUAUAUCGGAGUGCUGUGAUAUUGUCCGCGUUGACAACACGGGCAAAGCAGAGGUGAAAUUCAGGGAAUGCAUGGCAGAUGAGAUUAUUGCCUAAAGCUGAUACGAGUCUUAAGAUGGAAAUCAAAUUUUGGUUCUUUCUUCUCUACUAGAAAGUUGUACAAUA